GGAUCGGAUUUGAAGAGACCAAAACGGCGUUAUCACCAUCGGCUUCGAGAGGACGGAGCUCCAGAGGCCUAGGGUUUCGUCUUCUUCCAAAUGGCCCUUUCCCCUAUCACAAUGUCCUUCUCCUUUCGCUGUCUUCUAUCUGUUCUUCUUGUUUUUUUUUCCUCCUCGAUUCGAUGCCAAGGCUCGCCUUUCACCAUUGCUGCUUUAAAUCCUCGUCUCGGUCGUCUCCUUCGUUAUCGACUUCUUGGUGGAACAGGAGGAGCAAGAAGGGACGGUGGGCGCCAAAGAAUCUUUGUUUUUUCCUCUGUUUCCUUGCUCGCUGGGAUGCUGGAUUGGUUGUUUGGUGAGAACUUGGAUUUUGAAUCUAGUGUUUGGAGAAAGGAAAGAAGAUUGAUUGCAUCAUUUCUGGAGGUUUGCAAGGAGAGUUGCCGCUGCCGAUAGUUUCAUCUUGAAUCGCCUGGCAGGUGAAGCCAACAGAGGGCAACUAUGGAUGAUAAAUCAACUGCACUUGAAGCCAUUAACAAGGAAAUUGUUGAUCUGGAAAAUGUUCCCAUUGAAGAGGUUUUUGAGAACCUUAAGUGCACAAGAGAAGGUCUAACAUCUGAAGCUGUUCAAGAGCGGCUGGCUGUAUUUGGUUUUAACAAGCUUGAAGAGAAAAAGGAAAGUAAAAUACUCAAAUUUUUGGGGUUUAUGUGGAAUCCAUUAUCUUGGGUCAUGGAAGCUGCAGCUAUCAUGGCCAUUGCUCUUGCACAUGGAGGGAGAGAUAUAAGAGGACAGAAAAAGGAAAUUGAUUACCAUGAUUUCAUUGGCGUUGUGACUUUACUUCUUAUUAAUUCUACCAUUAGUUUUAUGGAGGAAAAUAAUGCUGGCAAUGCAGCUGCUGCUCUUAUGGCUCGGUUGGCGCCAAAGGCAAAGGUUUUACGUAAUGAGAAAUGGAGUGAGGAGGAUGCAUCGGUGUUAGUUCCAGGUGAUAUAAUCAGCAUUAAACUUGGCGACAUUAUUCCUGCUGAUGCACGUCUUCUGGAGGGAGAUCCUCUGAAAAUUGAUCAGUCUGCUCUUACGGGAGAAUCGCUACCGGUGACUAAGAACCCUGGUGAUGGAGUAUACUCCGGUUCGACGUGCAAGCAAGGUGAAAUAGAAGCAGUUGUAAUUGCCACUGGAGUUCAUACAUUCUUUGGGAAAGCAGCUCAUCUUGUAGAAUCAACUACUCAUGUUGGCCAUUUUCAAAAGGUUUUGACUGCAAUAGGGAACUUUUGUAUCUGCUCAAUAGCUGUUGGAAUGGUCAUCGAUAUAAUUGUGAUGUACGGUAUUCAUGGGGACAAAUAUCGAACUGUCAUUGAUAAUCUUCUAGUGCUACUCAUUGGCGGGAUUCCAAUUGCCAUGCCCACAGUUCUUUCUGUUACAAUGGCCAUUGGAUCACAUCGGUUGUCCCAGCAGGGUGCCAUAACAAAAAGAAUGACUGCUAUUGAAGAAAUGGCUGGAAUGGACGUUCUAUGUAGUGAUAAAACAGGAACUCUAACUCUCAACAAGCUCACAGUUGACAAGAAUAUGAUUGAGGUUAUCACCAAGGGUGUUGACAUGGAUCAAGUUGUCUUGAUGGCUGCAAGGGCUUCAAGACUGGAGAACCAAGAUGCUAUUGAUUCUGCAAUUGUUUCUAUGUUAUCAGACCCAAGAGAGGCACGUGCGGGUAUUCGUGAGGUUCACUUCCUUCCAUUCAACCCUACUGACAAGAGAACGGCUCUUACAUACUUGGAUGCUGCUGGUAAAAUGCAUAGGGUGAGCAAAGGUGCACCAGAGCAGAUUCUCAAUCUUGCAUGGAACAAGGCAGAUAUUGAAAGAAAAGUGCAUGAAAUUAUUGACAAAUUUGCAGAUAGAGGGCUCCGGUCGCUUGCUGUUGCCUUUCAGGAAGUGCCUGCUGGUAGUAAAGACAGUCCAGGAGAGCCCUGGGAAUUCAUUGGCCUUCUUCCUCUGUUUGAUCCUCCUCGUCAUGAUAGUGCUGAAACAAUUCGCAGAGCGCUGAACCUUGGAGUGAGUGUCAAGAUGAUUACAGGUGAUCAAUUGGCAAUUGCUAAGGAAACUGGGCGGAGACUGGGAAUGGGCACAAACAUGUACCCAUCUUCAUCUUUAUUGGGUGAGACCAAGGAUGGAGAAAUUGCAGUAUUACCGGUUGAUGAGCUAAUUGAGAAGGCAGAUGGUUUUGCUGGGGUGUUCCCAGAGCACAAGUAUGAAAUUGUGAAGCGACUGCAAGCCAGAAAGCAUAUUUGUGGGAUGACUGGAGAUGGAGUCAAUGAUGCACCUGCAUUGAAAAAGGCGGACGUAGGAAUUGCAGUGGCAGAUGCAACAGAUGCUGCUCGGAGCGCCUCUGACAUAGUUCUUACAGAGCCUGGAUUGAGUGUGAUUAUCAGUGCUGUCUUAACUAGCCGUGCAAUUUUCCAGAGAAUGAAAAACUAUACGAUAUAUGCUGUGUCAAUAACUAUACGUAUUGUGCUUGGCUUUAUGUUGCUGAAUGUCUUCUGGCGUUUUAACUUUCCUCCAUUCAUGGUCCUUGUGAUUGCAUUUCUUAAUGAUGGUACAAUCAUGACUAUAUCCAAGGACCGUGUCAAGCCAUCUCCACUUCCUGAUAGUUGGAAACUUUCUGAAAUAUUUGCAACUGGAGUGGUCAUUGGUGCUUAUCUGGCUCUCACCACUGUUAUAUUUUUCUGGGCAGCUUAUGAGACUGAAUUUUUUGUGCACAUCUUCAAGGUCAAGACUUUCAACAAACACAAACUGAAUAUGUCAAAUAAUGAUGUCCGCUUUGACAACACAGAAAAGUUGGCAUCUGCGGUGUACCUUCAAGUGAGCACCAUUAGCCAGGCAUUAAUAUUUGUGACACGCUCCAGAGGUUGGUCUUUUUUGGAGCGACCUGGCCUUCUUCUUGUUGCUGCAUUUGUCAUUGCUCAACUGGUUGCUAGUAUCCUAGCUGCCCAUGCAAAUUGGAAAUUUGCUGGAAUCAAAGGUAUCGGAUGGCAUUGGACAGGGGUUAUUUGGCUUUACAACAUCAUUAUCUACUUGCUUCUUGAUCCAGUCAAACUUGGUGUACGAUAUGCACUCAGUGGAAAAGCCUGGAAUCUGGUUCUAGACAAGAGGAUGGCAUUUACGAGCCAGAAAGAUUUUGGGCGGGAAGCUCGGGAGGCUGCAUGGGCCCGUGAGCAACGAACACUGCAUGGCCUUCAGCCUGCAGAACCAAGAAUGUUUUCAGAGUGGGCCACCUUCAGGGACAUUAAUCAAAUGGCUGAAGAAGCUAAAAGGCGUGCAGAGAUUUCAAGGCUGAGGGAGCUGCAUACAUUGAAAGGAAGGUUGGAAUCGUUUGCCAGACUUAGAGGCCUAGACAUUGAGGCCGGCAACCAUCACUACACUGUGUGACAGUGUUUAAGGACAUUUAAAAGGUUCCCGUCAUCUUAAAUCUUUUUGUUCAUUAGAUUCAUCUGUUCCAGUAGUUAUUAUUAUUAUUAUUAUUAUUAUUAUUUUGAGUUCGUUGAUUCAAAUUGUAAUGUCCAAUUCCUAUCAGAGACAAUUGGUCCAUAAGUUGUAAAAUAAACCUUCUUGCCAUCAGCACCUACUGGCAGACUAGGAUAAGCAUAAGUUGUAAAAUAAGUUUGCAAGCGACCUUACGUAUCUUAAAAAAUGGUUUUACAUGCACAAAUGAAUGCUAAGUGCAUUUGCAUGUUUCUGAUUG